CCCGCCCGCUCCGUGUGCCUUCCUCCGCGUCUGGCGGUACUGUAAUGGAGUCCUCUCUGAUUCUUAGUGCUCGAUUCACAUUAACCAGGCUUCAAGAUAACAUCCGGUAACUGAUGCCACCAUGGAGAGUAUUACAAAGCUGUUUAGUGACUUGUGUGAAGCCCAUAUGGCAGGUUUGUCAAAGAAGGUCCCUUUGGGCAGGGGAAAAAUCAGCAAAAAAAGGUCCAACAAAAGUCUCAAGAAGAUUGCAUACAAUGCUUUGUUUGCUAACCUUUUUGUGGACGAAGCUCGGAAGGUUCAGUCAAACAUUCCCAGGCUUCCGGUGAAAAAUAAAAUUUUAAUGCUGUCUUUCAACUUGAGAGUUGCUGGAAUGAGCCCAGAAGCAGACAGGCUGGAGGAGCUUGUAGACAAGUUGGAAAGGUCUACCUGUUUACCAUUUACUGAAAUUACUUCGGUUCUGGACUUUUUGGUACAGCUUGCAGGAACUGGGCCGCCUCAAUGUUUACCGCCCAAGAAGGAUUAUUUUGUGAACAACAAAUACGUUGGAAGAAACAUUAAAUACCAAGGUUACGAUUAUUAUGAUGUUAGUGUGUUUGAAGCUGAUAUCCAGGCUUUUAUUGCAAAUGAGGAACAUCAGUUUAAUGAUACAAUUCAAAAGACACUGCAGAUCAUGGAGGCAGCACCUGGUACUGGUCUUCCUACUGUAGAACUAUUUUCACAAAACUGUCCGGUGGGUGACAGGUUUGAGAGGGAAACCCGUGUCUCACUCUUUGGUGCUCUUGUUCACAGUCGUACAUAUGACAUGGACAUCAAGUUGGACCUACCGCCAGUGCCUGACAGUGCAGAUUUGUCUGGACUUGCAAUUAAGGUUCCUCAAAGUAUAGAUCCUUCAGAAGAUGAGGGAUUCCAAUCAGCAUCUAAUCUCACCCCUGACUCUCAGUCAGAACCCAGCGUGACACCAGAUAUUGAUCUCUGGGAAGCUGUGCUUACCUUUGGACCUAGUAAGCGAAGAUGCUGGGAAAGGAUUGGAUGUCCACCUGGGAAAAAAGAGGAACCAUACCUUUCUGAAGCUGGAAGAGAAGCCUUUGACAGAUUUUGCAGACUUCGAGAAGAGGAAUUGCAACUUUUCAGCAGCAACAAACUUCAGCUUCCACAACGUGUAUUAGUAAAAGAACCAGAAAUAGUUAAAGAUGUUCUGAAUGUCCUUAUUGGUGUGGUAUCUACUUCAUUCUCAUUUAAUCAGGCAGCUCAGAUGUUUGUGGUCAAGCAAGGCAUAUAUGUAUCUGGAACAUCACCUGAAAGCAUGAACAGUCUGCUGUCAGAAAUUGCUGAAUAUGGAACGUAUUACACACGUCUGAGCCGUUUCUCUGUUCAACCAGUUUUGGACUCCUCAUACAAAAAAGGACUUGUGUUUCAGGCAUUCACAAGUGGGCUGAGGAAAUAUCUGCAGUACUACCGAGCAUGUGUUUUGUCAACUCCUCCGACUUUAACUCUUCUAACUAUCAGCUUUCUGUUCAGAAAACUAGGACGCCAACUAAGGUAUUUAGCUGAACUUUGUGGCAUAGGAGCGACUACACUGGGAACUGGUGGAAGCGGUGACGGUUCAUUUCCGACAGGAGUGAAACUUCUUUCAUAUCUAUACCAAGAGGCUCUUAAUAACUGCAGCAAUGAACACUAUCCAGUUCUUCUGUCACUACUAAAAACAAGCUGUGAACCAUACACACGGUUUAUCCAUGAUUGGGUGUACAGUGGUGUAUUCAGAGAUGUGUAUGGUGAAUUUAUGAUUCAGGUCAAUGAGGAUUAUCUUGGCUUUAGAGAUAAACAUUACUGGACUCAUGGGUACGUUUUGAUUUCAAAAGAAGUAGAAGACUGUGUCCCUGUGUUCUUGAAACAUAUUGCUAAUGAUGUAUACAUUUGUGGGAAAACCAUAAACUUACUAAAGUUGUGUUGUCCAAGGCAUUAUAUAUGUUGGUCUGAUAUCCCUGUUCCUCGGAUUUCUGUAAUUUUCUCCUUUGAAGAAUUAAAAGAGAUUGAGAGAAACUGUGCACUAUAUGUGGGCCGAAUGGAAAGAAUUGCACGUUAUAGUACCAUCAGCAAGGAAGAAAAGGACUUGCGUAUGGAAAUUGAAAAACAGGAGUUAAUUGUUCAUGCUCGUGAAACAGCUAGCAAAGCACUAAAAGCCAUUACUGAUCGACAAAUAUCGGAGAAAAUGGCAUUGGAUGCAAAGAAACGUGAGCGGUUUCAGAAAUUAAAAGAACAAUUUGCAAAAGAUCUAGAGCGUCGACGUGCUCUGAAGCAGGAAGAAACUGAUGAUGACUUUAGUUAUGCUCGGGAACUUAGAGAGAGGGAGAAAAGACUGAAGGCUUUAGAAGAAGACUUGGAGAAAAGGGCAAGGCAAGAGUUAAUAGACCAUUACAGCAAACUGUCUGAAGAUGCAGCUCGUAGAGAAAAAAAAGCCUUAUGGAAAAUUCAGAGACAUAAAUUGGAAACAGCCCGCCUCAAAUUUUUGUUGGAAGAUGAAAAACGUAUUGAGAACAUGCUUGAGAAACUUCCUGGUGGAAAGUACAGAAGGAAAGUAGAUAUAAUUCCAGAAUAUCGAAGCAAACAGGUUUCAUCUGCAGUUCAGCCAGUAGGAGCUUCUAGCCUUCAGUUAACUUCUGCAGAGCCUGACUCUCCUAAUAUUGUGGACACCAGCAGAGCUUUAGAAUCUGAACUGGCAAAUGAUAUUUCAGAUGAGAAAUCACUGGAUUCUGUACAGCCAACAAAUAUACAGUCCGAUGGCUAUUCUGAGCCGAAAGAAACAGAAACAGCAUCCCAGGUACUCAGUACAGAGCAAACAGGAGCUGUCCCAAAGAGUGCGUCUGAACCUGGUCUAGUUUUUGAAGAUUUUUUACCAAAACCUCUGGAAGAAACACUUGUCCCCAUUGCACAAGAGACAAGCCUGUUAGAUGAAGCUUUGCAGAAUAUCAGUUCUGAUCUUUCCUUGAAUGAUCAGAUAGAUGAAAGUAUUUCUCUGCCAAAGGGUGCAGCAGAAGGGGAAACUAUCACCCAAGUCCCCCCAGAUAGUGAAUAUGACUUUAAUACUGUUCUCAGGCCUUCAGUUUCAGACAGCCAUAUCAGAGUUGGAGAAAACAUUUUUGAUGUUGAAAGUAGGAUACCUCGUUGGAAUGUUCAUGGCCAUGCAUCUGAUGCAAACAUUAAAGUAGGGGAAUAUGUAUCUCACAUUGAAGUCUACCAACCACAUUCAAAUCCUCAUGGGCAUUCCUCAGACGCGCACAUUAAGAUUGGAGAAUAUGCCUCUGAGGAAGAACCUUGCAGGCCCCACUGGAAUAUCCAUGGCCAUGUCUCUGCAGCCCAUAUCCAGAUUGGAGAAUAUGCCUCUGAGAUAGAGCCCUCAAGGCCCAGGUGGAAUAUUCAUGGGCACGCUUCAGAUGCCAACAUAAAGGUUGGUGAGUAUGUGUCGAACAUAGAGCCAGCUAGACCUCGCUGGAACAUCCAUGGCCACAUGUCGGAUGCCAACAUCAGGAUAGGGGAAAACAUUUCUGAAGUCGUGUCUUCUCGACCUCGGUGGAAUAUUCAUGGUCAUGCCUCUGAGUCGCACUUUAAAAUUGGAGAGCUGGUUUCCGAUUCUGAAAGUUCAAAGCCUCGGUGGAACCCUUUUGGCCAUGCAUCACAGUCAAGCAUUCAAAUAGGAGAGUGGAUCCCUUCGACUGACAGUGAUCUGAUACCUCAUCUUAAAGUGGCCUCUGGUCCUGCCUCUGGCUCUACAGUUCAGACAUUCCUGUACAAUGGGGAAUUCUCUACAAUCAAAGGGAAGGAUGAAGGACAAGGGUCAAGGCCUGACAACUUGAGUGAAAAGCAUGAAGGAAGCUUGGGCGAGAAGGAGGAGGAGACAGUCAUGACAGAUAAUGCUGAAGAUCUCGCUACAAAUCCUCCUCAGAAUUUGCAGGUAGGGGAACCUGGAAAAUCAACUGAAUUAGUUCUUGUGACUCAGCAAACUUCCCUCUCUGAAGUCACUAUAUCUGAAAGCCAAGGAGAAGGAAGCACCACUAUUGCCAUAUGGAAGAAAGAGGAAGAUUACCUGAAAUCCUUAUCUGAUCAAUAUUGUCUCGAAAAAUAUCAGGACAGCUAUAAUUUGAUGUCAGAGCUUCCCGUUUCCCAUCUCCUGCAUCAUGUGAUCCCAAGAUCCUACACAUUCCCCGUGGAUCCGUCAGUACAAUCGGCAACGGAUGAAACAGCUGUACAACUAAGUGAGCUCUUAUCACUCCCCGUGCUGAUGAAACGAUCAAUUACUUCCCCCUUGGUUUGUCAUGUUUCCCUUGUGAACAAAGCCAUUGUCGAUUACUACUUUGUAGAACUGAAUGUUGAGAAACAUUUUGAAGCAUUAAGGCACUUUUUGUUGAUGGAAGAUGGAGAGUUUGCUCAGUCACUCAGUGAUUUGCUUUUUGAAAAGCUUGGCUCAGGACAGACACCUGGUGAACUUCUGAAUCCGUUAGUCCUCAAUUCCAUCUUAAAUAAGGCACUCCAAUACAGUCUUCAUGGAGACACACACCUGGCUUCCAAUCUCUCUUUUGCACUGAAGUACCUUCCGGAGAUGUUCAAACCUAAUGCGCCUGAUGCCCUAAACUGCUUAGAGCUACGAUACAAGGUUGACUGGCCCUUAAAUAUUGUCAUUACUGAGAACUGCAUGAACAAAUAUAACAAGAUCUUCUCCUUUCUGCUGCAAUUGAAACAUAUGGUGUGGACUCUUAAAGAUGUUUGGUUCCACUUAAAGCGAACAGCGUUAAUAAAACACACAUCAAACUCAGUUCAGUUUCGACAGCUCCAGCUUUAUAAGCAUGAAAUGCAGCACUUCGUUAAAGUUAUUCAAGGUUAUAUUGCCAACCAGAUCCUCCAUGUGACCUGGUGUGAAUUUGGAAAUAAACUGUCUUCUGUAGGAAACCUGGAAGAAAUAUACAGGACGCAUGCAGAAUACCUCAACAAAGCAAUAUUCCGGGGAUUGUUGACUGAAAAGGCAGCCCCUGUGAUGAACAUAAUUCACAGCAUAUUUAGCCUCAUUUUGAAGUUCCGCAGCCAGUUAAUAUCUCAGUCAUGGAGUUUUGAUUCCGGCAAACAAAUGGCCAUUCAUCCCAACUUUGGCCUAAUGCAGCAGUCUUAUAACACAUUCAAAUACUACUCCCAUUUCUUAUUCAAUGUAGUAACUAAGCUUGUAAACAGAGGAUACCAACCUCACCUGGAAGAUUUCCUGCUACGCAUCAACUUCAAUAAUUACUACAAAGAUAACUGAACUUUUAUAAUAUAAUACAAACUAACAGACCACUGAGACUCAGCUAUGUAUGUAUUUUUUUAUGAAAGCUGGCCUACUGAAAGCUGCUAAUACUAAGUUGCUUCUAGGAAGAAAAGCUUCUCCAUUAAAGAUGCUGUCAAAGAAUGGAAUGAGAUCAGUAGAUAUCAUUAAAAUCUAGGAAGAUACCCCAUUUUUUUCCAUAGCAUGGCAGAAGUUCUUAUUUUCCUUCUCAAUGCAGGAAAGCAUGUUGCCAAGUGCCAAUGCAGUAAUGUGAGCAUCCAUGUAAAUUUGUUAAUGUGUAAAUCCUUCCUUAUAGCAUUGUGAAAUCCUAUGUAAAUGUGUGAGUAAUAAAAAGCGAAGCAAAAACUUA